CUGUCUGUGCUGCUCUGACUUCACUUUCACUUCAGAAGACAGAGAUCAGCAGCAGACUGAAGCUGGAGCUGAACUCACAUCUGGACAGAAUCUCAGUGAUAAACAUCUGAAAACAGGACCAUGGGUAAAAUACUCAGCAAGGAGGAAGAACUGGAGAGAUUUGUGAAGCAGUUCAACGAGGGUCCAAAUAUGAGAGUUGAUCAGAACAUUGUGAAGUUCUGCAGUCUUGAUUCAUCAGAGAACCUGAAACAACACUACGAGGGGAGGAAGAUGGAGACAGGUGACCACGCUGCAGACUGGAUCAAGAACCUGGCAGAGAAAAUGGCUGCCCUGAUGCCGGCUCCUGAACUGGCGGGCCUCGGAGCGCUGGCCAUCGCCAUCCUCAUCGAUGUUGUUUCCAAAAGUCCGCCAGAGAAGAGCACAGAGGACGCUCUGCGAUGUGUGUUUGCAGAGGAGAAGGCCUCCGAGGUCUGGGAUCAGAUCGAUGAGUGCCUGAAGAGGUGCACUGUGAACUUUAAGAACAAAGUCCAGCUGAGGACCGACAUCGAGCGGAUCGAGUACAAGCUGAGUGAAGCUCUCACCAAGCUGAAGAACUCCAUGGUGAGGGACGGACAGAUGACCUCUGAGGCUCUGAAGGCCUGGAUCAACGGGGCGGCCUUCCACAUCCAGAUGCUGAUCCACCUGGUGAGACUUGGAGGGAUUCCAGACUGCGAUCCUGUGGAGAGGCUCAUCUCGACUUACAAGAGAGACCUGGACCUGCUGUUAAAAAAACACAGGGAGAUGGUAGAAAAGAAGUGUAAAGAAGAGUGUAGAUUUGUUCACCCCCAGUCCCCUUAUAUACAUUAUCUGGUAGAUGAAGAUUCAAAGUGGCAUCGUUUGCCUGAGAACAGCAGGUAUAAGGAUUACUUUGAGGCUUACUACAGUCGCAGGUACAGCAGUCAGAAGAGAGAGAUUGAAUGUUACUUUAAUGAAGUAGGAGAGAACCUGCAGAGUCUGGUUCGUCAAAGCGGCUCCUUUAAUGUCCAAUGA